AUGUGUGGUAUCUUCUGCUGCUACAACAAGACCGGCGACAUCGCCUCCUACCGAGCCCGAGCUAUCGCCUGCUCCAAGAGGCAGCGACACCGUGGUCCCGACUGGUCCGGUUGCUACAUGGCCAACAACACCAUUCUCGUCCACGAGCGAUUGGCCAUUGUCGGUGUUGACACCGGAGCUCAGCCCCUCACCAACGAGGACGAGAGCCUUGUCCUCGCCGUCAACGGUGAAAUCUACAACCACGUCGCCCUCAGAGAAAGCUUGAAGAACAAGGAUGCCGUUUUUAAGACCCACUCUGACUGUGAGGUCAUCAUGCACCUUUACAAGGAGCACGACACCGGAGUCUGCAACAUGCUCGACGGCAUGUUCUCUUUCGUCCUCGUCGACAAGUCUGUCUCUCCCCCUCGACUUCUCGCCGCCCGUGACCCCAUCGGUAUCACCACCCUCUACAUGGGCUGGCACUCUUCCGCUCCCGAGACCCUCUACUUUGCUUCCGAGCUCAAGACUCUCCACGAGGAGUGCGACAACCUCCAGGCCUUCCCCCCCGGACACUUCUACGACUCCAACCAGAAGAAGCUCGUCCGAUACUUCAACCCCUCUUGGUGGGAUUCCGACAAGGGAGAGGUCCCCCACAACCCUGUCGACUACACCCAACUGAGAGAAUCCCUCGAGGCCGCUGUCAGGAAGAGGUUGAUGUCCGAGGUCCCCUACGGUGUAUUGCUUUCCGGUGGUCUCGACUCUUCUUUGAUCGCUUCCAUUGCUGCCCGAGAGACCGACAAGCUUGCUCAGGAACAAGAGAAGCUGAGACAAGAGAGGAGGGAGGCUAUCGCUGCUGGUCAGGAUGUCCCCGAGGAGCACACCUUGGCCUCAUGGCCCCAACUCCACUCUUUCGCCAUCGGUCUCCCUGGAGCUCCCGAUCUUCUCGCUGCCCGAAAGGCUGCCGACUUCCUCGGUACCAUCCACCACGAGUACACCUUCACUGUCCAGGAGGGUCUCGAUGCUAUUGAGGAGGUCAUCUACCACCUCGAGACCUACGAUGUCACCACUGUCCGAGCUUCUACUCCCAUGUACUUGCUGAGUAGGAAGAUCAAGGCUAUGGGUGUCAAGAUGGUGUUGUCUGGUGAGGGUUCCGACGAAAUCUUCGGUGGUUACCUCUACUUCCACGCUGCUCCCAACGCCCAGGACUUCCACGAGGAACUUGUCAAGCGAGUCAAGAACCUCCACACCGCCGACUGUCUCCGAGCCAACAAGUCUACCAUGGCUUGGGGUCUCGAAGCCCGUGUCCCCUUCCUCGACAAGUCUUUCCUUGAAGUCGCCAUGAACGUCGACGCCAAGUACAAGAUGUUCUCCAAGGGCACACAUCAGGAGGUUGACGCGGAGGGCCGACCCAAGAUGGAAAAGUACAUCAUCAGGAAGGCGUUCGACUGCUCCCCCGGUGGCAAGGCUUACUUGCCCGACUCUAUUCUCUGGAGGCAGAAGGAACAGUUCUCUGACGGUGUCGGUUACUCUUGGAUCGACGGCAUGAAGGACCAUGCCGCCAAGGUCAUCUCUGACGAACAAUUCGCUGCGCGAGCUGAGCGAUGGUCGCUUGACACCCCCGACACAAAAGAAGCCUACUGGAUCCGUGAGACCUUUGAGCACCACUUCCCCACCGAAGCUGCUGCCAAGACUGCUGUCCGAUGGAUUCCCAAGCAGGAGUGGGGUGUGUCUUCCGACCCCUCAGGUCGUGCGGUGUCUAUCCAUACUGCCGCCUACGGGGAGAAGAAGCAGUAG